UCAUGCUGCUGCCAGGUCCAGAGUGUCUCAUGGGUCCCUGUACGGCCUCCCAUUGCUGCUGUCUCCAUCGCCACACUCUGCCAUGUGCCACUUUCAGGUCUCCUCACACUGCUGGUGUGGUUCCAUUUUGUCAUAGGGUGCUGGCAGAUUACGGGCCUCCCAUUGCUGCUGCCAGGCCCGUAAUCUGCCAUGGGCCCCCGUACCGCCUCCUCAUGCUGCUGCCAGGUCCAGAGUCUCUCAUGGGUCCCUGUACGGCCUCCCAUUGCUGCUGUCUCCAUCGCCACACUCUCUGCCAUGUGCCACUUUCAGGUCUCCUCACACUGCUGGUGUGUUCCAUUUUGUCA